UCCCCCCGGACAGCAGCAGCCCGAACACCAACGUGCCACAUGUAAACAAGAGCGGUGGAAGUUGAGUGACAGCGUCGGUGUCGGUGAUGUAGAGAUGUUUCUGACAUGACGGACAUUUUAAACCUGGUGUUCAGGACCUUCGCUUCGCACACGGAGCUCAGGGACUCUCCUCCUCCACCAGUGACCCGCAGCAGCGCCCUCCUGCUCGGGGAGAACAGCGUCAGCCGCUCGGUGCUGCUGCUGGCGGCCGUGACCGCCGCCUCCCACGCGGGGCUGAGGGUGGUGUUCUUCACCCGGACACUGAUCCAGAGUCUCCCGGCGUCUCUGCAGAAACUCGUCCCGAGUCCAGAGAGUCUGAAGAAAAUCAAGUUCUGCUAUCCCAAGACGGUGGAGGAGCUCCUGCAGCAGCUGGCCGCCCUUCACGAGUCCAGCAACACGUCUCCCACUCCUCCCUCCCUGAUCAUCGUCGAGGGGCUGGAGGGCUUCCUGUUUGGUUCUCGAGGCGGCAGCCACAGGGAACUUCACCCAGGAGAGCAGUCGUGUGCUGCCCACCUGUCUGCGCUGCUCUGUGACACUGCCGCCUUUCUCACAUGCGUCCUGGAGCGGCGCUCCUCGAGCUCAGGCCCCUGUCGCAUCAUUGCCUCUUUCCAGUCGGAAGUGGACGGGGAGCCUUCCGCUUCAGAUCCCAUCCUCAAUGUCCUCGAUCGUUACUUCCCGGUCCGCUGCACUCUGGACCCAGACAGAGGAUAUGAAGCUGCAGCAGCUGGACUGCAGCAGCUGUGGCACAUUUACCUUUCUGGCAGAGGCAUCACAGAGGCAUCCUGUUCCAAAGACAGUGAGGACAGGCCGGCUGUUGCCCGGGAGUGGAAGCUCUUGAUUCAUCCCGAUGGUUUAAUGGAGUUUAAGACAGUUUGAAUCAUCUGCAUCAAGAACUUGAGCAGUGAGGUAUUAUUAGAAAGUUAAAUGGUUGACUUCGGGAUUGUUUCUGUUCUGGGAAAAUGCACAUUUUCAGCAUUAUUCGGCCUGAAGUUAAAGCGGCUUUCCAUGGACAGUGAGACAUGUUCCAGUUUAACAGGCCUCAGUCACUGUGACACCUUAUCUUUAUGUGUUUUCAUUCAUUUCACUUUAUUGCUCAUUGGGUUCAAUGUAAAGUCAUAUAUGACAUGUGCUGUUAUUUAAAUGGACCACAAUGGUUGUAGAUGUAAAAUGUUUAAUGUGUUAAAAUUUAAAAUCGCAUUAAGGUUUUGUCAAACAUAAGAAAAACUCUUACACAGAAGGUCAAUAAAACACAGCAUAUUCAAAUAAAAUACAAAUACAUA